AUGACUAAGAUCCUCAACAAUAGAAAAACCGUCACAGGCGACGUUUACGUUUUCGAUCGGACCAAGCACCCAUCUGAUCCCCCGAAAGAUAAUGUUUGCAAGCCUGACAUUACCCUGAGAGGACAUUCUAAGGAAGGCUUUGGACUUGACUGGAAUCCAACCAAGUCCGGUGAAGUUUUAAGUGCAUCGGAAGACGAGACGAUCUGCCACUGGGACAUAAAUGCUUAUACGAAAGGAAAUCCGGUCAUGGAGCCGUAUCGUGUCUACAAGGGACAUAGCUCUAUAGUUUCAGAUGUUUCGUGGCAUUCAUCUCAGGGCCACUUGUUUGCCUCAGUCAGUGAUGAUAAGCAAUUGCUCAUAUGGGAUACCAGGAACCCGGACACAACGAAGGCUGCUCAAGUAGUCACUGAGGCGCACAACGGCGAGAUAAAUACAGUGGCAUUUUCGCCGCAGUCAGAAUUUCUGCUUGUGACUGGCGGCGCUGACCAGAACAUCAAUCUUUGGGAUAAUCGAAACUUAUCGAACAAGCUCCACUGUCUCCAAUCUCACCAAGAUGAACUCAUCUCCCUCGCAUGGUCCCCUUUUCACCCGACUGUGUUUUGCUCAGGCUCAUCUGAUCGCAGGAUCAAUAUAUGGGACCUAAGUAAAAUCGGCGAGGAACAGACUCCUGAUGAUGCCGAGGAUGGCCCACCCGAACUUCUAUUUGUCCAUGGUGGACAUACCGCUAGACCAACAGAUGUCAGUUGGAGCCCCACUACCCCCUGGCAUCUCGUCAGUGCAGCCGAAGACAAUGUGAUACAGCUCUGGUCGCCUAAUUCAACCAUUACCAAAGGCCCGAACGGCAUUAGCAUACCUCUUGACGAACUGGAAUAA